AUGUGCGUGAUACAAUCGCACGCCAGUGCCUCCAAGAUGUUGGCAGCAAUCGAACAGCGGAAGGACUGUGUGGAUAUUAUUUUACCGCUUUCUGUCGAGGUAAGAUUUGUUUUUGUCCAUGAUUAUUUUUCUAAAUUGAUGAUUAUGAACCCUUCUAUAUUUUAGAACGUGAUACAACAGUGUUUAAACCAUUUUGACUAUGAGAAUGCAGCAAUUUUGGCGGAAGUUCUUUACGCCAAGGGUAAGAAGUUUGUUUUUGUUUGUUCUUGGUUUAGAGUCGAGAGGUAGCGGAGAUUUUGAGCUGAUUAGAUGCGUUGAGGCUUGAUCUUGCUUUUCAUGCUGAUUUUGCCAAGAAGCAAACGAAAUUCAUUUCUUAUCGAGCCAUUUUUGAUUGAUCUGCUAUGGAGAAUAUAAAUUGAUGUAGAACUUUUCCGAGACGGCUUGGAACUGCUGUUUUUUAGUUCUUAGACAUUGCUAAAACUCUAUUUCUGCUGAAACAUCACUUUUUAUUGUUUUUGAAGACUGCAUUUUUCCCUUUUUGUCCGUUAUAUUAUACAUGACCAACUAACUCAAUUUUUGCUAAAGAAACUCCAGUUUUUCGAACUGUUUGCUGCCGAAUGAAGCUGCCUUUGAUCUUCUAGAGUCCCUUUGUAAAAUACGACACGAAAAUUUCUUUUCUUAUUGAUUCUCUUUUUCAGAACGAUCAGAUUCGACUCUCCUCUUAUAUGCCCAAUGUUUGAUGCGAUGGGGCAAAGUAAAGGCGACGUAUGAGCUCUUGAAGAGCGAAGGUUAUGAACGAUGCGGAAUGACGAGGUUCAUCUUUGCUAAAUGCGCAUUCACGUUGAGAAAGUAAGUAUUUGCUAUUGUUUUCUAUGUUUAGGUGGCUAAACCAAGAUGAAUCUGGAGUUUGAGGUAGAAUGCGGCAUUUGUCGAUCUAUUCAAGGCCCUGUUGGGCCUUUCAGACACAUUUGCCGAGAUAUUUUAUAUUAUCCAUGGCAUUUUUAGACUAGAAGAAGCCGAAUCUGCCCUUCGUCGAGAAAAUUCGUCGUAUUUGAAUAUUCAAAUCCACGAGUCAUUCGACGAAAGCUCUCAGCCUUUUGCCCACAAGCUUUUGGCUCAAGUUUACACCGAGAUUGGGCGAUUGGAGCAGGCUCAAGCCCACUAUACCUUGUCCUUGGUUGGGAAUCCAAUUUUGUUUGAUACAAUGAAACAGUUCGGGCAAUUGGGAGGUGACAGUGUCACGAAAUUGUUUGGAGCACUUACGGAUGAAAAUGAAGCUCGUCCAGUGAAGGCGUUGAGGAGAUACGCGGAGAGAAUUGCAAGGUAAAUUGGAAUAAAAAAUUCAUUUUAUUUUGAGUAGAAAUAGAUUGUAAUAGAGUUUAAAUGGGUUUACAUUGAGGUAAAUAGAUCGGAAGUACCAUUUUGAUCAAAAUUUUGGUGGGUGACAUUUUAUACGAUCAAAUUUUUUUGUCGUAUAAAAUGUCGCCAGAAGUAGUUUUUCGAGUACUAAUAAGAUUUUUACAGUCCAAGAGGUAGAUAGAAUUGAUUUUUACCAAAAGUUGAUGAGGUGACAUUUUAUACGAUCAAACAUUUUUAUCGUAUAAAAUGUCUCCGAAAAGUCAAAAAUGAUAAAAUAACUAUUGUAAGAGUUUUUCACAAACUUUUCGGGGAUUUUAGUUAGAAUUUUGAAGAUUUUUUCAAAAUUUUGCCCGUUUUUCUCUCAAAAAUCCAUUUUUUCAGAGCCAGAACCCGAAUUCUCGACCUCCCGCGCACGCCGACGAAAGAAACUGCCCAGCCCAUCUCUCCAGUCCACAUCCGGCCUACGGCUAGCCAACCGGGCGCCAUCAACACGGUGAAAAAGCGCCGAACACCCACCUCUCUCUCCCAACCCACCAGACAAAGUAUCAGCCCGCCCCGGAUGACCAACAAAAAAGCACCAAAUGUAGACCGCGCAGUGGUCGAGUUCAUGUUACAGCUGAGCGAAGCCGUCCACGCCCUGAGCUUCUAUCGCUGCGAGGAGGCGGUCCAGAUUUUAAAUCAGACUUCAAUGGCUUUCAAACAGCUCAGCAUCACGUUGAGGCUUCGGGGAAUCGUAUUAUUUGAGUUGAGAGACUAUGCAAGGUGCUCGGAGGUACUACUGGAACUGAGGAGAAUAUUCCCGAGCAGGAUUGAAGUGAGUUUUUGGAAUUUUUGAAAAGUAAAAUUUGGUUUUUUUUGGAAAUUUUGGUGGAUUUUGUUAGGAAUUUAUGGUUUAUGAAAGAGUGUUAUGGCGAUUAGAAGUAAUUUUGAUGGGUUUGAAGGAUGUUAGCACUGAUUUUUUGGCGGAAUUUUUGAAUUUUUUGAAAAGUAAAAUUAGGGAUUUUUUUGGAAUUUUUAGUGGAUUUUAUUAGGAAUUUCGGAUUUAUGGUGAAGGUUGUGGCUCUUGGAUAUAAUUUUGAUAGGUUUGCAGGAUGUUGGCACUGCUUUUUCGACGGAAUUUUUGCUUUUUUUGGAAAAUCAAAAAUUGGGAUUUUUUUUAAUUGUUGGUGGAUUUUUAUUUGGAAUUUAUGGUUUAUGAAAGAGUAUUAUGCCUCUGGGAUAUAUGUUUGAUAGGUUUGCAGACUAUUGACAUUGAUUUUUUGACGGAAUUUUUGAGUUUUUUGAAAAUCAAAAAUUGGGAUUUUUUUGGAAUUUUUGGCUGAUUUUAAGGGUAAAUUUGGUGUUUUUAAAUAAUGUAAUCGAAUUUAGAGGACUCACCGGUAGUUGAACAAAAAAGUUGAGUGAUUUUUUUGAUGGAUAACUUAUAAAAAUGUCAUGGAUAAUAUAAGUUGAUGUAUAAAUUGGUUGUUAUUGUUCAAAAUAGUAAAUUUGGAGCUUGCAGAAUUUUGGCUUUGUCGUAUUUUACCAUUUCAAUUAUUUUUGAGGGGUUUCAGCUCUUGAAACAGAAUGCCAAAAAUGGCGGGAGUUUGAAAUUUUAAAUUUCAAACAGUUUCGAAACUCUUUCUGGAGGUCGUGUAUAUUUUUUUUUUGGUUUUUAUUACCAUUUUCAGGGCAUGGAAACCCUCUCCACGGCGCUGUGGCAGCUCCAAAACCAGCAUCAGCUAUCAGCGCUGGCGGCGGACCUGGUGAACACGAACCGCGAUCACGCCAUCACCUGGUGCGUGGUGGGAAACUCCCUCUCCCUCCAAAAGCACCACGAAGCCGCCGUCGAGGCCUUCGAACGCGCCAUUCAGAUGGAUUCCCGCUUCGGGUACGCGUAUUCCCUGUUAGGCCACGAACUGAUCGAUCUCAACAAACUGAAUCGCGCCCUCGAAGCCUUCAAACAGGCCCAAAUACACUCACCGAACGACUAUCGCGCUCUUUAUGGCGAAGGCUUGGUCCACUUCAAAAAUGAAAAAUUGGAGUUUUCGUUGGCGGUCUUCAAAAAGGCCGUCAAAAUCAACCCCAGAAACGUGAUAUUACUGUGUCAGCUGGCCAUUGUGGAGCAUUCGUUGAAGAGAAAUGCCGAGGUAGGUGUUUGGGGAGAUUUGGAGACAUUUUUGAGGGUUUUGAGAGCUUUUUGGAAAAGUUGACGAAAUGUCACAAAAAUUAUUGGAUUUUUUGGAGUGUUUUUUUGGGGUUGUUUUGAAGUUAUGCUUUUUUAUAUUUAAUUUUGGAUGGAUUAGAAUAUCGCUGAAGGAAUUUUUGAAUGUUUUUGGGUUGUUUUCAUGGAUUUGACGAAAUGUCAAAAAAUUAUUGAUUUUUUUGAAUUGUGAAAUUUUCGGGGCAAAGCUGUAUUUAAUGGUUCUUUACAAUACAAGCUAAUAAUUUGUUUUUUGGGUGCCAAAUUUGCUUAUGCAGCCAUUUUUGGAAAUUUGACGAAAUAUCACAAAAAUUAUUGAUUUUUUCAAAGCGCUCUGAAAGUUGUGGAAAGUGAAGUUGGAUUGAAAAAAUACGUGAAGUGGAUUGAAUAUCAUUUUUCCAGGCCAUGGAACACCUCCGACGAGCCUUGGAAAUCGACCCCAACAGCAUCGCGUCCCGUUAUCACAAAGCCCGCAUUCUCUUCGACCAGGCCCAAUAUAAAGAAGCGGAAAAGGAACUAAACGAAUUGAAGAAUCUCAGCCCCGACGAGGCCCAUGUCUUCUUCUUACUAGGCCGAGUUCAUCGCCGCCUCGGAGACCAGCAUCGCGCCAUGUUGAACUUCUCCUGGGCCACGGAAAUCGACCCCCGAGGAGAGCAGAACCAGUCCACGGUGUCGGACGGACCCUAUGACGACGAUGCGGUCGAUCAAAACGACACCGAUCGGGCAUAA